CCAGCACCGUUCGAUUAUGAAAAGUUAGCAACAGAUGAAAGAGAAAUAAUAGAUUAUUCUCAGAAAAUUACACUAGAGAUGGCCAGAUCAGGAGAAGUUCCGAGACCAGUAAGAGUUUAUGCUGAUGGUAUUUAUGAUAUGUUUCACUCAGGUCAUGCCAGGCAGUUGAUGCAGGCUAAAUUAGCAUUCCCUAAUUGUUAUUUAAUAGUAGGAGUAUGUAAUGAUGAUUUAACACACACUAUGAAAGGAAGGACGGUGAUGGAUGAAAAUGAACGCUACGAAGCCUUACGUCACUGUCGCUAUGUAGACGAGGUGGUUAUUAACGCCCCCUGGACGCUGGAUAUUGAAUUUUUAGAACUUCACAAGAUAGAUUUCGUAGCCCAUGAUGAACUACCCUAUACAACAGGUUCAGCUAAUGAUGUUUAUAAAUUUGUUAAAGAAAGAGGCAUGUUUUUAGCUACUGAGAGAACAGAAGGUAUAUCUACGACUGAUGUAAUAGCUAGAAUUGUUAAAGAUUAUGAUGUCUACGUAAGACGGAAUUUAUCACGAGGUUAUACUGCUAAAGAACUUAAUGUCAGCUAUGUUAAGAAAUUUAAAGAUAAAAGUAAAGAAUUUAUGGACAAAUGGAAAGAUUCGAUGGACAAACAGAGACAUGAUUUAUUCAGUAAAUGGGAAGACAAGUCAAAAGAAUUUAUGGGAAAUUUUUUGGAGAUGUUUGGUCGAGAAGGAAAAAUAGUAAGUUAUAACUUUUACUUUUUCAGAAUAGAUUUUUGA